GUCGUACUUUAUCUACCUAUUUCUUGAAUUAACUUUCUGUUUAAAUAAUCUUUUCUAAAUCCCUGUUACUCGAGCGAAUAAGGUCAUAAACCUCAUCAAGGAUAAUGAUAACAUUUCAUAGUCCGUCCCUCUCCCGCUUUAUCACAUUUUCUCAAACGUCAUUCCUGUCAUGUUUUAGUGUCCUAACCUAGAAAAUGUGUCGAAUAAAACCUUGUUGCGUAAAUUAACACCACAAUGACGCUUUAAAUUAACAUAAAAGUGAACUGUAUUUUAUCUUUAUUUAACCAAAACCAAGUAAAUUCAUAGUAAAAAUGAAUAUUAUUUGUUUACUAGUGAGCCGACAUAACCUCAAAAACUCACUGAAAUGUUUAAGACACGUUAACAACCGCUUUUUCCUCCAAAACAAACUUUCCGUUCGAAAUCACAAGACGAUGGCCCAGAAAGUGAGUCAGAACAAGACAUACAUCGCUGUGAAUAUCCCCGAAAAUUCGAAUAAAGCAGUUCGAAAAUCAUUUUGGUCGGUUUUUAAAAGGGACGCUAGCACAAAGAAAAGCAAAGAAGCGCCCAAAGAAGUAGCCCCAGCGACCCCGCGGAUUAACAAAGCUGAUUUGGCCCGCCUGCUGUCCUUAGCCAAGCCAGAAAAAUGGAAACUUUUCGGGGCGAUUUGUUUCUUGCUAGUGUCAAGCACCGUCACAAUGAGCAUCCCUUUUAGUUUAGGCAAAGUACUUGACAUCAUUUAUAGUAGUAGUGAAAAUAGUGAUGAGGCUCGAGCGAAAUUAAAUAAAGUUUGCGGUGUUUUAUUGUGCGUGUUUGUCUUAGGGGCGAUUUGCAAUUUUGGACGUGUGUACCUAAUGUCAGUAUCAGGUUAUAGAAUGACUCAAGCUUUAAGAAAACGUGUUUUUUCUACCAUAAUGAAGCAGGAACAAGGCUGGUUUGAUAAGAGAUCAACUGGGGAGUUGGUAAACAGACUCUCUGCCGAUACUCAAAUUGUGGGAAAUGCUCUCUCUAGCAAUAUUUCAGACGGGCUAAGGUCAAUUGUCAUGGUCUGUGCUGGUACAGGCAUGAUGUUUUAUAUGUCGGCAGAACUGGCACUUGUUGGCUUGGCUAUUGUGCCCCCGGUUGCGAUUAUUGCCGUUAUUUAUGGGAGAUUCCUUAGAGGGAUUUCUAGGAAGGUUCAGGAUUCUUUAGCAGGAGCUACUAGUGUUGCAGAGGAACGUAUUGCUAAUAUCAGGACUGUUAAAACUUUCUCGCAGGAACCGAGAGAAGUUGAUUCGUACGCAAAUGCCAUUAAAGAGGUUCUAGGCUUGAGUUACAGAGAGGCUAAAGCUAGGGCCAUUUUUUAUGGACUGACCGGCUUUAGCGGCCACGUAAUCAUAAUAUCAGUGCUUUAUUAUGGUGGUGUGAUGGUGUCUUCAAACACCAUAACAGUGGGAAAUCUGUCUUCUUUUCUCUUGUAUGCGGCUUAUAUCGGCGUAUCGUUGGGCACAUUUUCAAAUUUUUACUCCGAAUUGAACAAAUCAAUUGGUGCUGCUGCCCGAAUUUGGGAAAUUAUCGACCGAGAACCCAUAAUUCCGAUGAAAGGUGGUUUAGUGCCAAUUGCACCCCCUGAAGGCCACAUACAAUUUAACGACAUCCAGUUUAGUUACCCAGCGCGUGACGAUGUCCGCAUUUUCGAAAAUUUCAAACUCGAAAUAUCCCCCGGAAAAAUGGUCGCAGUAGUCGGUCCGAGUGGCUCUGGCAAAAGCACCCUCGCUGCUCUUUUAUUGCGACUAUACGAUCCUGCAAAAGGACAAGUUCUACUAGACGGACAGGACAUUAAAGAAAUUGAUCCGAGUUGGUUGCGCCGACAUGUCGGUACCGUUAGCCAGGAACCAGUUUUAUUUUCGUGUUCAAUUCGUGAUAAUAUUUUAUACGGUGCUGAUGAUCCUUCUAAAGUGACAGAAGAUGAAUUAGUUCAAGUGGCCAAAGAGGCCAAUGUUUACGAAUUCGUCCAACAGUUGCCCGACGGUUUUGAUACUUUGGUAGGGGAACGUGGGGUGAUGUUGAGUGGUGGCCAGAAACAACGCAUUGCCAUAGCGAGGGCUUUGAUUAAAGAUCCGAAGAUAUUGUUGUUAGAUGAAGCCACGAGUGCGUUAGAUGCGCAAUCGGAGCACUUGGUGCAAGAAGCUUUGGAGAGGAUUAUGAAAGGAAGGACUGUUUUAACGAUUGCUCAUCGGCUGUCGACGAUUCAAAAUGCCGAUACCAUUGCUGUGCUACGCGAUGGACAUAUCGUGGAACAGGGGAAAUACCAGGAUUUACUUAAUAUCAAGAAGGGCGCGUUUAGGGAAUUAAUGAAACAUCAAACGUUUCAAGGGAAUAUAGAGAAGACGUGAUGUACUUAAUUUAUUUUAUUUUUACACUUUUGAGGACUUGUUACACGUUUAUUUGUUAUGCAAAUAAAAUAGUUUUACUGUU